UUUUUCUGAUUUCAAACUAGUCACAUCACAUUAAAAUAUUUAGACAAAAGCAAAAAUGAAUUUAUUGCGCAAACAAGCACCGGAAAUCAAUUCGAUUGCGGUCACAUCAAUGGGUGCAUUCCGACCGAUGACUCUUCACGAGUAUCGGGGUAGAUAUGUGUUACUGCUCUUUUAUCCGGCAAACUUUUCAUUCGUGUGCCCAACGGAGCUGCAGGCAUUUAGCGAUCGCGCACAGGAGUUUCGGAAUAUCGGCUGCGAGAUCAUUGGCUGUUCGACGGACAGUCACUUUGCGCACUGCGCCUGGAUGAUGCAACCCCGUAAGGUUGGUGGCCUGGGCGAGAUUGACGUUCCCCUGUGGUCAGAUAAGUCCAUGAAGGUUUCUCGCGACUAUGGGAUGCUGGACGAGAACACUGGCCUGGCCCUUCGCGGCAUGUAUAUUAUCGAUCGAGUUGGCAUCGUACGUCAUAUCUCGGUUAAUGACGCGGGUGUGGGACGCAGUGUCGAGGAGGCCCUCCGCUUAGUUCAGGCCUUUCAAUUUUCGGAUGAGUUCGGCGAGGUUUGCCCGGUUAACUGGCGACCGGGUGCAAAGUCCAUGAAGCCGGAUAUCGCUGGCAAAGAAGAGUACUUUAAAAACGCCAGCUAAAAACAUACAUUUUGUAGUUCGAUAAAGGAGUGCAAGUAAAAUAUAUUUUUUGCGACACACACACACAAACACGCUCAAUAAAUUGGAUAAUUAGCAAA